GUUUCUGGGCGGACUUUUCCGAGGCCAGGCACGGCGCAGCCUGAGCCUCACUCUACGUCACACCUUUCCGAGUGUAACUGUGGUCUGUGCUCAGUCUGUCUCCGUCUCUACUACAACUGGCUGGCGUCUUUUUCCCUGCUGUCCUGUUUUCGUGUUUCAUCCACCGCGGGCUCUUCGCUCAGGAUCAUGUUCCCUCAGUGAAGACUUUCUGACCGCGUCGCUCCGCCGCUCUGCUUGGAAGUAGCGCUGUCGACAAUAAAGCGAUCCUUCCCGAUGCUUCAGCUCACAGCUCCGCUCCAACUAACCGUGAGAUUGUAGUGAAUCUCACCCCACUGGAGGCUCAGAAUGCUAAUAUGAUGACAGCUUGCGGGCCAGUGUCAUGGCAACAAAGCUACAAUCUGAUAUAUGUUGGGUAAAGGAGCAAAGCGGAAGCUGGACGAGGAUGACGAGGGCGUGGAAGGCAAAGCGCUGGCGGCCGACGGCCUCUCCAAGGUGUCCUACACGCUGCAGAGGCAGACCAUCUUCAACAUCUCUUUGAUGAAGUUAUAUAACCAGCGGGCUCUGGCCGAGCCCAGCCUGGAGAAGCGUGUGCUCAUCAACAACAUGCUGCGGCGCAUACAGGAGGAACUGAAGCAGGAGGGCAACCUGCGGCCACUUUUCUUUCCCCCGUCUCCUCCGCCGGAUGACCCAGUGGAUGAGGGCUUUCGGGAGGCUCAACCAGCCUUUGGGGCACUCUCACUUGCCACAGCCACCCCCCUGGCCCCACCCCCUGUAUCUCCUGCUCCGCCUCCACUGCCCCCAGCCCCGCCUCUGGCCGGCCAAACGCCGCUGGAUGCGUGCCUCACCCCAGCCUCGCUGCUGGAAGAGGACAGUGCUGCCUUUUGCACACCACCUUCUCUUUCGCCCCAGUCCCUUCAGGACGUCCCGUCCAGACUCCAUCCACAAGUGGGCGGAGACAGUUUCUCCUCUGCCCUGGAUGACAUUGAGGAGCUGUGUCCAGCAGCCCAAGCAGCAGCAGGGCCUACAACUACCUCCCCCUCUGCACUCACAGUGGCCCUACACAUGCCCCUCCAGCCCCCUAAUCAGGCCAUUGGGGCUUCGGACUCCAAAGACUGCAGCAAACCCUGUAGCCCCAAGCUGGAGGGCCUAAACUCGCUGCACCUGGAUCGUCCAUCUGCAACCAUAGCGGCCAGCGACUCGAAACUGAUGGAGACCCUCCCUCCUAACGGCCUGGACAUGAGCACUUCCCCCUCCGCCUCCUCUUCCUCAGGCUUUCUCACUGACCUGGCCCUGGACGAUAUCCUUUUCGCAGACAUCGACACAUCCAUGUACGAUUUCGACCCCUGCACAUCCGCUGCAGGGGCCGCCCCCUCUAAGCUGGCCCCCGUGGUGACAGCCGAUGACCUCCUCAAGACUCUGUCCCCUUACAGUGGCUCCACCCCCGCUGUCAGCUCCAACCAGCCUUUCAAAAUGGACCUCACAGAACUGGACCACAUUAUGGAGGUCCUGGUAGGGUCAUGACCAGGUCUGAGAAGGGGAAGAGGAGGAGUAGAUGCAAAAAUAAAUCAAAGAUUUUUUUUUUUUAGAUACGAAGUGUAAAAAAAAAAAAGCUGAAGAACAUUGUGGGUGUUUUGUACAGUUUUUUGAUUUUUAAGACAAGGCAAUUGUAAUAAUCAAUGGUGAUGUCACCCAGUACUACUUCUCAAAACACUGUGCAUGCACUGUGCUCGCCUUUCCCAAAAAAUGAACAUGAAGGAACACACUUGGCUUCUUGUCAGAUUUGAGUGCCUUCAUUGAAAAAUGACCACUUGGUAAAUCUCCUGUCCUUCUGUUAUCAUCUCUUUUUCAUUUCUCAAAAUAAGCAGAGAAGGAGUAGCAGCUCUCUUUCCCCCUUGUCACCAUACAGGUGCAAGAAUGUGCUAUGCCAGGCCUAUUUGCGUGUCACUUUCAUUUUCACUAAAAGCACAACAACAUUUUAAAAGAGGAACCUGGUUUAUGUGCUUCUUUAGUGUUAUUAUUCAUAUGUCACUGACAUUGGAGAAAUACUGAAAUGGUUGUGCUCCAACUUUAAUGUCCUGACUGAACCAAACUCCCACUCUACAAUCUCUAAUAUGAAGUGUACAUAGUUUACCCUGACUGGCCUAUUUAUACAUGAACUUGGUGUAAAUGUUGGGGAUCAGUGUAGAAAUUUACCUUCAAACAGAUUUGAAAAGAUCUGCAUUGGUCACUUGGGUUCAGGCAAUAAGUGCACAUUGUAUCGAUGCGCACAACGUUGUAUAGUUUUAGUCCUGUGACAAGGAGUCCUUUUCCUGAAUGGGAAAUAACCAAGUGAAGGUUAUGUCCCUUUAUGCUGUAAGAAAUGUAUGCAGAUAAUUCCCUCUUGAUCAAAAGCAAAGUGUAAACUACUUUUAGCCCCUUUUGUCUUUAUCUGUUGAAAUGCAUGAACAUAACUUCCUCAUUUUUUAUGUUUUGGAUUUUCAGUGCUCAUAAGAAAUGCAAUUUCAUUUAAAAACACUACACCAGUGUGCAGGAAGUGAGUGUGUGCGUGCCUGUUCAUGCAAAAAAUAUCAUUUCUGAUGUCAUAGGCAGCCUCAAAUUUAUGGUGAUUUUUUUUGUUCAUCUUUUAUUUUCAUUUUGUCAUCUACGCUUGUUUGCCAAACAUUUCUUCCGCAUCCUGCAUUCUCCAACGGUACGGUAUACAUACUAUUGCAUGCAGCAUUGCAAUAUAAUUGUACAAAAGCCAGCUAUAGGAUUUUAGGUGGGUGGUUUUAUUUGACCUUAUUUAUACCAUUGUUUGGUUGAGUUUUACUGAUUGCCAUCUACUCGUGUCUAAGCAACGUUUUCCUCGUCUCCCUUUUGUCUCUCAGCUGGGAUUUUGCUUAUAGGUUUUUGGCCAGUAGAGAUGGUCACAAAGAUCUUAAGGGGUAACAGCACUGGACAUUAGAAAUUAGAUUGUGCAUAUAAGAGCGUUUGAAAUUACCAUAGAGGAUUUGUUUAGAUUUCCAAACUUUUCCAUUACCAUCAGUUAUUCAGUAGUUAAAAACAGCCUGUGUGCAGCAGAACACUGAAGAAAUGCCUUCUGUUCUGCAUCUCACUACAAACCACUGAAUUCAGUCAAACUGGACUUUGUCUUUUCAGUUCAGUUCUGACCUUCAUGCGCAAAGGGACCAUUUCUCAUAUCGUCUGCUUAGGGUUAUAGACCCAUUCACUGGAGAGCACUGUUCUUCAGCGAUGACUUCAUGAUCAAUAUCAUUUCCCAUCACAGUUAAAUUUCAAGAGCAUGUUGGUUUCAUAGCAUGGAAUCAUGCAGGCAUCAUCAGACAGUGGAGACCAUUUCAGAUAGCAGGUUUAUUUCACUGUUUACAGAGAAGCCUGCUUUGGGAGUCAGUUUGAACAGGUCAUAGACAGGAGCGCUGGAGAGAUUAUCUGAGAAUUAAACACGAUGAUGAGCGGGAGUAUGAGAGCCAAGCGGGCAAUACUAUUCAUUCAUAAUUACAAUUACUGAUUAUUUUAAGAUGUUUGGAUUUGGAGUGAUUGUUUUUGUUUUAAUUUAUUUAUUCUUUGUUUCCUGUGUAAAUAUAUUUAUUUUGAUGUGAAGCUACCAUCUGGAUUGUAAUGUGUACAGAAUGUAUGGUAGGAAUGUACUCUGCUUAUAGGAAUGUAUCGUGCUUAAUGAAUUGGGUUGGAAGCCAUUUUUUUUCUGUUUUGAAAAUGCAUUAUUUUGUCUCUAUUUUGUUUUCCUAUAUUAUAAUUUCGGGGUGGUGUUUGUGGCUGUUUUCUAGGUCUGCACCUCCUACCCCUAUUUAAAUAUGAGUAUUUAAUGUCUGUGUUUUUGUUCGUGCGCAAGGGAAAAUGUUUGUGAAGCAAUAUUUUAUUCUCUUCAAACUUCAGAGGUUCAGACUCCAAAGCUUCUUUUUUUUCUUUCUUUUUUUUUCUCGGAAAAAGUCUGUCGCUAACCCUCAAUGCCAAAACAUAUGAAGAGCAGAAGUGAAUGCUUUCUGAUGCUGGUUACUGUUAGUUUUGACAUGGUGUCUCCCGUCUUCAGCCUGUGCCACAGGCCACCUGUUUGGGGAAACAGAAGUAGUUGAGUGGUUUUUGAGAGAGACCACUGGUAGGAAGGGGAAGGAGGGGGGCAGUUACCUCUUCUUCUGCUCAAUAAGAGAGGCUGUAUUUUUCACAGACCUUGGAGCUGUGCCUUUUUCUAUGCAAUUACCAACAUAUUCAUUUUGAGAGAAAAAUGAACCCAUCAACUGAUGAUCACUGUAUUUGCAUCAAGGUGUGGACUGUAGAAUAUAUAUAAAAUAUGGACAGGUGUCUAUGAAUUUGAAACAGUCUUACUUUUGUAGUUUUAUAUCAUACAAUAAACUAUUAAAAAAUA